GUAGCUUAGUACUUGACAUACCUGCCUGGCUUCAGUGCGGAAGCCAUCCUGCAGCGUUCGAUGUAAUUAUUGAAGGCGGUGGAAUUCCCCACUAUGUCAUGUCCAAGUGCGCGUUUGUUGUGUUUGCAACGCCCACUAUUUCUCGGCGGAAUACCUUGGCAAUGGUUACCCCUCUCCGCCCCCGCUUUCCCACUCCGCCGUUCCUCUGACCUCCUCCUUGUCUCCUCCUCCACCUCCGCCAUCCAUCCUUUGACCACUUCCCUAAUUGUUAUCACAAGCCACCCGAAAUGCCAUGACCUCAUGCUCCUCGUCAACUGGUCCCUUACUUUCAGGGAUCGUUGGCGAAUACGAACUUUAAUGGUAGCCUCGUAGGUAAACUUGGAAACCAUUUUCAGCUAUCUAUGCCACCUACGAGUUCAGGCAGACGCC